UGUGAACUAGCAAAAUCACAUGCUAGGGUUGGCCGCCUUGGGUCGGCUGCAGGUCUAGUGAGGACAGGUGGGGGGCUCUGCCACUUUCUGGCUCCUUGACCUUGGGCCUUCACCCUUUGAAGCUUCAGAUCUUCACCUAGGAAAUGCAGAAACAAGAGUCUGCGCUGACUUGGCAUCACCCUUUGAACCUUAGUGUCACAGUGGCCGUGUAUUUGGGAUCAAUUUUUUUUACAUUGCAGACAAAAUGAACUUUCUACGCUUGGCUGACCUCCUCAACAUUCAGGUGGUCACCAUCAACAUCAAGAGACACCCGCUGGAGGAGUGGAUGCCCCGGGUAUACCAGUCGUCUGCAAGCCUCUUGGUCCAGAGGAUGGUUCGGCACAGGAUUUUUGUCUGGGUUUAUGAUGUCAUCAUUCUAAUAAAUGCCAUAUUCAUCGCUCUGGAUGAGAAAAACCCCUUCAUUUCCUAUGCAGAGUGGCUUUUCCUUUCUCUCUAUAUUAUUGAAAUUCUCCUGAAACUGUACACAUACGAGCCCAGAGCCUAUUUUGGCAAGAAACAGUUCUGGAACUGGUUUGACACACUGAUCAUCAUGGCGGCCCUGGUGGCCACCGUGGCCAACACCACCAUUCAGUCAGCAAGAAAAUACAACAGUCAGCAGAUACUGGAUAUCGUCUUGAUAUUGAGGAUCCUCCGGCUCUUACGGAUCAUUGUCAGCAUUCAGAGAUUCCGGCUUAUCGUGACCACCUUAAUUAACAUUGGUCCCACGAUACUGACGUUCGGUGGACUCGUCUUGGUAAGUGGCUUGUUCUUGUGGCUAGUUCUACGUGAAUAAGUGGUAAGAGGAUGUUCAUUCUCGGCAGCUCUCGGUAAGCCUUAUUUGAAGUGAGGAAAAGAAAGGGAGAUUAAGUAAAUGAGACUCACUGGUUUCUUGUCGUCCUUUUUAGAAAUUUCCAAGGUUUGGAAACACUGGGCAUAUAGCAGUUAAGGCUCACCGGCCACUGUGAUAGACACCACAACUUCAGUGGCUUAAUUCAGUUGUGGUUUCUUUGUCACCCACGGUCUAGGUGGGUCUGCCUGCCUGGCUAGCAGAUGCUUCUCAGGGGGUGUAGGCUCCUUCUGGCUCAUGGCUGUGAGGCCUCAGGUCCUUCUUUGUUCUGCUUGUGGCCAAAGCCCACCUGCUCCUCACAUCGCCAGGGUGAGAACACAGCCACCCAGGGCUGCGAAGGGCUGGCGCCUCCCGCUCAGGAGAGGUCCCACGCUGUGAAUGAGGGGCUCAGAUACGUGGUUGCUCUGCCACAGGGCCCUCGCUUCGCUUUUCUGUUAUCAUGGUAAGAAAUACCAUUUUACCAAAGAAUGAAAGGCUGACUUCAGGUCACCCCUUUCCAUUCCCCACAUGCAUCUUUCCCAGAGACAACCAUUGCUAAAAGUUUCUUGUUACUCUUCCUAAAUAGCUCUUCCUAAAUAUACACAACAAGUAUAUCCCAGACAAGCCCAUAUGUGUCUGGUUUAUUGUUUAGUCAGAUGGAAGAAUCCACACAAAAUGUUACAUAACUGUCUUCCACCUGAUAUCUUUGUCAUAUGUCCUGGAGGACACACGUAUCGUGUCGGCUCUGCUGUGAUUAAA